UGUUUCCUAACGGGAGUUUAAACGUGUGCGUGUUUUUGUCGCACUUAUACUGCUUUUUGUCUUUUUUGUUCCUAUUGGGUAUACUGAUAACUAUGAGUCAGCGACAGGUUUUGCAAGUGUUUGAGACGUACCAAAAAGCAAGAACGCAAUUUGUGCAAACUGUAGCAGAGCUUGCAACAAGACCACAAAACAUUGAAACACUUCAAAAUGCUGGUGUAAUGUCCCUUUUGAGGCCUCUCCUUUUGGAUGCGGUCCCAACUAUUCAGCAGACAGCAGCUCUGGCUCUCGGAAGGCUUGCCAACUAUAACGAUGACCUGGCUGAGGCUGUAGUAAAGGGAGACAUUCUUCCUCAGCUUGUGUAUUCCCUGGCUGAGCAAAACCGAUUCUAUAAGAAAGCUGCUGCGUUUGUUCUUCGAGCUGUUGCUAAACACUCCCCUGAGCUGGCCCAGGCUGUGGUGGACUGUGGUGCACUGGAUGCUCUUGUUAUCUCCCUGGAGGAGUUUGACCCUGGGGUCAAAGAGGCAGCUGCUUGGGCACUGGGGAACAUUGCCAGACAUAAUGGACAACUGUCCCAAGCAGUUGUAGAUGCAGGAGUUGUGCCUCUACUCGUAUUAUGUAUCCAGGAGCCUGAGAUAGCCCUGAAGAGGGUUGCUGCUUCUACUCUGAGUGACAUAGCCAAGCACUCCCCAGAGCUAGCGCAAACAGUAGUGGACACCGGAGCCAUCGCCCACCUAGCACAGAUGAUCCUAAACCCGGACGCCAAAUUGAAGAGGCAGGUUUUUUCAGCUCUCAGCCAAAUCGCAAAGCAUUCCGUGGAUGUAGCAGAGAUGGUGGUGGAGGCUGAGAUAUUCCCUGCCGCACUAGCUUGUCUAAAGGACCCAGAUGAAUAUGUUCGGAAAAAUGUCACUACUCUUAUUCGGGAAAUCACAAAACAUACCCCUGAGCUGUCCCAGAUAAUAGUGAAUGUUGGGGGUGUUGCAGCUGUGGUUGACUACCUCGGGGACUCCAAGGGGAAUGCACGCCUGCCGGGGAUCAUGAUGCUGGGCUACGUGGCUGCACACUCCGAAAACCUUGCCAUGGCUGUGAUUGUGUCUAAAGGAGUGCCACAGUUGGCUAUUUGCUUAGAGGAAGAGCAAGAAGAUCAUAUCAAGGCAGCUACAGCUUGGGCAUUUGGGCAGAUUGGGCGACACACGCCUGAGCAUGCACGAGCUGUUGCUGUGGCCAAUGUGCUCCCCAAACUUCUCAAUAUCUAUUUGGACUCUGAAAGCUUAGAGGACCUGCAGGUCAAGGCAAAAAAGGCCUUGAAAAGCAUCCUUCAGAAGUGCACAUAUCUACCAGCAUUAGAGCCUCUUCUCUAUGAAGCUCCCAGUAACAUUGUUAAACAUGUCGUCUGCCAGUUCAGUAAGGUUCUUCCUCAUGAUAGUAAGGCACGGCGCUUGUUUGUUACCAGUGGGGGUCUGAAGAAAGUACAGGAAAUCAAAGCAGAACCUGGUUCUGCCAUUCAGGAAUACAUUAAUGCAAUCAACAGCUGCUACCCUGAAGAGAUUGUCAGGUACUAUUCCCCUGGUUACUCUGAUGCCUUGCUGGAAAGGAUUGAAAACUAUCAGCCAGUUUGAUCCAGUGCAACACUGCCUUUUCUGAAACACUAUGGAACUUAUCCCUUUUCUUAAUGAGAACUCUGAUGAAAGCAAUUAUCAAAUCUGAAAUAGCUGAUUUUGCUAAAUCUAUUCCAUUAAAAAUGCUUGUGUAUCAUAGAGGUCUUGUACAGUUUAGUGGUGGUAAAGCAUCAUUAUCAAUUCUGAUUUCUGCUGUUUUAGCUCAGACAUGAGUCAGCUGAGCCGUCAUAUAUUUUGAAAGACCUGCUCUUUAAUACACUUUUUUGCUGCAUAAAAAAACCUUUGUGUAUCCGGUUUACUGUUUUUCAGCUGUGGUAAGAAUAUACACUUACAUUGAAAUAAUUGCUACAAAUAUUUAUUUAAAAUGACUUUGCUGCCUCCAUUAUGCAUUUCUAUUGGUUUAUUAUAAAUUUAAGCUUACCCAGUUAAAUUUCUCAGACUAUUAAGACAGU